AUGAAAUAAUCAACGAAAAAAGAACGAAGAGGCUCAAUUGAUUCCUAGCUUUCCUCCUCUAUAUUCAAGUCUAACUUUUUAGCAAUUGACAUCAAGAAAUAAAUAGAUGAUGAAUAAGUAAAUUAUUAAGGAGAUGAUGAACUUGCGAUAUCGGAAAAAUGUAUAACUCUAUCCUUUAAUUUAGAACCAAAAUAUCAACCAAUACCUUUGUUGAAUAAUGAAUAAUUAAUUAAACUAAGCAAAAAAAAGAAUUUGGGAGAUGAGGAAAAAUUAUAAAUUGCUGCAACAUUGAUACAAUAGAGAGGUCUCAAAUUUCUUUAGUAUGUCAACUAUUAUUAUUAAUUAGACGAAGAGCCAUUUGGAUGAAUUUCAUUGAAAAAGGGGAUGCCAAAAAGUAUUUCUAAAAGUAACCUCCUUAAAAUGUGCAACAAUAGAUAAGCAAGGAUCUCAACAGAUCUGGACAUGAUGAUAAAAUGAAAACCAAUAAAUUCACUCAUAUAUUAAGUCGAAUUUUAGGAGCUUAUGCCAUAUAUAAUCCAAAAAUAGGAUAUACAUAAGGAAUGAAUAUUAUUUGUGGGAAUAUUAUUCUAUUAUUAAGUAUUGAUGGCAACGAUACUUAAUUGGAAUUGGAUAAUUUUGAAGUAAUAGAAGAUGAAGAAGAAAUGUUUUGGAUGUUUGUUCAUUUAAUGAAAUCAAUGGAGAAUCUCUUUAUUUCAGGAGUGCCAGGCAUUCAUAGUAGAAUAGCAGAACUAGAAUUAAUGCUCUAAAGUCGUUGUAAUGAAAUACUUCUACAUUUGUAAAGUAACAAUAUUGUAUGAAUAUGAUCAUUUAUCUAGAAUAACUUAUGCUAAUGUUUUAGUUAAUAUUAUUUUACAAUGCUAAUGUAAAAACAAGAUAAGAAGUUCGUAAGACUAAUACUAGAAAUGUACUUAUUAUAUGGAGAAUCAUUUAUUUAAAAUUUUAUUGUUGGAACCCUAUAAUUUUAUUAACUUAAAAUAACAAACAUGAAUGAAUUAGAAAAAUUAAUGCCAUUUUUUAGAGAUACAAUGUUUGCUUCCUAUUAUUAAGAAUUGAAAAAAUUAAAAAAACAAAAUUUAAUUAUCUAACAUUUUCAAUCGAAUCACUAUUUUGAUAAAGUGCCAUAUUUAGGUAAUUCUUCAAACCAACCCAUUGUUGAAAAGAAAGGAAAGAAAUAAUAAUUCUAAGAAAAAAUCUUAAAUUUACUGAGUAAAAACUGGUUGAAAAAAUUCCUUGGUUAAUGA